AUUUGUGCAACAAUUGUCAAGCAGGCGGCUGCAUUGAUUCAUGCAUGGUUUCGAAUCCAGUCUCAGAGUGGCGUCUUCUACGACUUGCGGCUGCACGGCCCGUUCGCAGCGCCUGCCCUGACAAGAAAAUCAGUUGAACCCCUGAUUUGCCAUUGUUCUUAGCACUUCAUCGCUGCAGGAUUGCCAGGAAGCCGCUUGUGCUGCCCGCUAGAGGGCGGCCUACCAGGAGGGACUCAACGUGUCGAGGAUGGCCCCAGGAAUGCCUGGCCCAGACAAUUACACUCAAACUGAAGCAGUGGUGACCAAGGCCAUGGAUGCUGCCCCUGCUGUGCCCCUCCGUCCUCGGCGGUCAGCCGCGCCUGCCAGCUUCAAGGAGGAGCGGGUAGACCUGGGGGAGCGCUACGCCAAGGUGCGUGUGGUCAAGGAGGAGAACGCCGCGGAUGAGGACAAGGCUGUCCUUGCAACCAGCAAAGAUCUCCCCGGGCCUGUUGGAGAGCUGCCUCAGCGUCGGCUCCUGGAUUUCCAGUUCCAGACUCAGGAGGGCAAGCCGCAGAGUCUAAGUGCAAUAGACCGGGAGCCGCUCUUCAUCAGUGCGCUUGUGGUCCCUUUUACUGGCCCACUGGACAAGAAGCACGGAGUGCGCUGCGAGGGCUUCGGCGCUGUAAUCGAGUGGAAGCUGGGGGGCGUCGGUGGCCCGUUGGCGGCCGGCGUGUGGGUGUUCACACAGACGGGAGCGUACCUGUGUGCCAAACCUGCGGGCACGUACAAGCGGCUGUUCACACCGUUUGAGGAGAUGGCGGAGCUGUGUGCGGAGCUGUACCGUGGGCUGGUCAAGGCGCAGGGGGGGGACCCAGAGGCGAGCCUCGACGAGCUGCUGGCCAAGAUUGCCAGGGAGACCAGCGGCAAGGCAGGGCGCCGCCUGACGCGCGACGCUUUUCUGAAGCACGGGGUGGCCCUUGUGGAGCAGCUCGCCAAGUUGGAUAAGAAGGACAAGAAGGGCAAGGGCACCGCGCUGCUGUGGGAAGCGAUGCCCGCGCUAGUGAGCUUGAAGGAGCAGGCGGUGCGCAGGGAAGCAGAGGCGGGGCUGCCCAGCGUGAAUGUGAACGGGGGCAUCGUGAUCAAGGAGAGGGAGGAGGGAGCGGCGCCGGCGGAGCUGACAGAGGAUGAGAAGCUGGCGAGGAAGCUCCAGGCAGAGGCCAACAAGGUGCCGGGGCAGCGCAGACGGGCAGCGCAGCCCAAGCAGAAGGUGUACAUCAAGAUCAGUGAGGACGAGAUUGCAGACGACUACCCCGAGCCCACCUUCUACAAGAUGGAGGAUGAGGAGAUGGACGAGUACCUGCUCAACGAGGAUGACAUCACCUUACCAGAGCACCUCCCACGCAGGAUCCUGUCCGACUUUGUGUUCUACAACUCGGACCACCGCCUGAUCCCACUCGAGGUACUCCCCAUGCUGGCCAACGUGGAGACGGAUGUUGAGAUCUUUGGCUCCGGCCAAAUGACCGAGGACGACGGGAACGCCGACUGGCAAGGGGAGGAGGCUGUCCUCGAAGUUGCUCCAGGCCCUGUCACCACUGCGGAUGCUUCCGGAAGUGGCGCCGGCAGCUCAGCAGCCGGUGCCUCCUCUUCUGGCGGGGCCUCUUCCUCUGCUGGGGCCGGCUCUUCCUCUGGCGCGGGGGGUUCUUCCGCCAGCGGAAGCGCCCCCUCAGAGAAGGAGGGCAUCCGGCUGUACCUGGGCGCGGUGAAGGAGUGGAUGAUCGAGUUUGGCGCGGGCAUGCUGUUCCUGUCCAUUCGCACGGACGGUGCCUGGUAUCGGCUCAGCCAGCCCUCACCGCAGUAUGAGCGCUGGUACCAGCCCGUGCUCAAGACGGCACGCCUAGCGAUCAAGAUCAUCACCAUGCUCAAGGCGGAGUCGCGCGUCUCCCGCCUGUGCUUCGCUGACGUGAUCAAGCGGCUGGCGGAGCAGCCGGCGGAGGCGCCGACGUUUGUGUCGAGCAAGCUGGGCGCAGUGGAGAAGUACUGCGUCGUUCACGGGCAGAUCAUUUUGCAGCAGCUCCGCGAGUACCCUGACAAGCUCAUCCAGCAGAGCGCGUUUGGGGCCGGCCUCGUGGCCAAGAUGGAGGCGCGCCAGCAUACGAAGCUCGCGCUGUCCAAGAAGAAACUCAAGGUGCUGCGUGGUCGCAACCGCAACCCGAGCGCCAACAACCGGCCGGACGCCACUAAACGACGACCAAUGCGCGCCACGACGACGGAGCUGGUGCACCGCAUCUGGGCCGGCUUCUACGCGGAGAAAGCCGCGGAGGAGGCGCGGGGCGCGGCCGCGGAGGGCGGCGCUGACGAGGAGAUCCGCGAGGUGGAGGACGUGGAAAACGAGGAGCAGGAAGAGGAGACGGUGCUGGCCGGGGAUAGCGGCCGCAGGCGCGGGCUGCAGUCGCCGCUGGGGAAACGGAAGGCGGCGGUCAAGGUGGAGUGGGCGGGAAAACCGAUUGGCACGGGGGAGAAGAACUGUGCGCUGUAUGCUGCGGCUGUCGUGGGCGGGAACGAGGUGCGCGUGGGGGCUGCGGUGGCGAUUGGCGAAGAGGGGGCCGGCGGGGACGUGUUGCCGGAUAUCGUGGUGGUGCAGUAUUUGUACGAGGGCCGGCGCGGCGAGAAGAUGCUGCACGGGCGCUCGCUCGAGAGGGGCGCCGACACCGUGCUGGGAAAUGCGGCCAACGAGAGGGAGCUCUUUCUGGUGGACAGGUGCGUGGACGUCGCCCUAGAGACGGUGCUGGAGCCCGUGGUGGCCACCCGGCGAGUGCGCCCCUUUUCGUACCUGGACCGCAAGGAAAACGCCGCGCUCGACCAGGCGGACGCGGAGCGCGCGCGCGUGCGCAAGGAGGCGGGGGAGCCGACCGAGUACUUUUACCGGGCGCUGUACAAGCCGGAGAUGGGCGCGUUUGUGGCGCUGCCGGACGAUGACGAGGAGAAUGAGCGGGCCAGGACGGGCGAGUGCCCCGUGUGCGACGAGGAGCGGCGCGAAGCGGAGAGGCUCGCCACGGUCGUGCUACCAGACGGAAAGGGUUUCCGGCACGGCGGCAUCAGCUACUGCGUGGGCGACUUUUGUUACCUGGCCCCCGCCACGCUCCCUGACUCGGCCGCCUCCGAUGACGACGACGACGCUGACGUCAUCUCCCACAAGGGCAGCCGCAACGUGGGCAUCCGCCCGUUUCAGGUGGCGCGCCUCGAGGGGGUCGCGGCCGCGGCGGGCCGCAAGGGCGAGCCGCGGGCGCCCGGCAAACUGCGCGUGCGGCGCUUCCUGCGAGCGGAGGACACGGGCAUGGCGCCGGAGGAGGUCUACCGCCACGAUACCAAAGAGGUGGUGUACAGCGAGGUGGUCCGCUCGGUGGACGUGUCGUCCGUGGUGGGCCGCUGCGAAGUGAGGCGGCCGAGUGAAAUAGGCGACCUGGCGGCGUACCACGAGCGGGACAACACUUUCGUGUGCGUGGCCAAGUGGGACGCCAAGGCACGAGCCAAGAAACAGCUCGACGCUGACAUAAUCCUGGGGGGAACGGAGCCGAUGGAGACGUGCGAGGCGCCGGCGCGCGCGCGGGCGGCUGCGAAGGGCAAGGGCAAGGCGGUGGAAGGGGCAGAGGACAUGGACACGGAGGGGCAGAGCGGGGACGACGGCAAGCUGGCCACGCUGGAUAUCUUUGCCGGCUGCGGCGGACUAUCGGAAGGACUGCAACAGUCAGGCGUGUCCCGCACGCGGUGGGCCAUCGAGUAUGAGCAGCCCGCGGCGGACGCCUUCAAGCUGAACCACCCCGACGCAGAAGUGUUCUGCGAAAAUUGCAACGUCGUGCUGCGGGCGGCCAUGGAGGAAGGCGGCGACGCGGCGGGCUGCAAGAGCACCCCGGAAGCAGAGGAGGGCGCCGCGGCUUUCGACGCCGACAAGCGUGCCAGGCUGCCCCGCCCCGGCCAGGUCGACUUUAUCAACGGGGGCCCGCCCUGCCAGGGCUUCUCCGGCAUGAACCGGUUCAACACGGGGGCGUGGAGCAAGGUGCAGUGCGAGAUGAUCCUGGCGUUUUUGUCUUUCGCGGACUACUUCCGGCCGCGCUUCUUCCUGCUGGAGAACGUGCGCAACUUCGUCUCCUUCAACAAGGGCCAGACCUUCCGCCUCACGCUCGCCUCGCUCCUCGAAAUGGGAUAUCAGGUCCGCUUCGGCGUGCUGCAGGCGGGCAACUACGGCGUGUCGCAGUCGCGCAAGCGCGCCUUCAUCUGGGCGGCCGCGCCGGGCGAGGUCCUCCCCGAGUGGCCCGAGCCCAGCCACGUCUUCCUCUCCGCGCAGCUCAAGGUCACGCUCCCAGGCGGCAUCCAGUACGCGGCUGUCCGGGACGGCCGCGAGGGCGCGCCCCUGCGCAGCGUGACGGUGCGCGACACCAUCGGGGACCUGCCGCCCGUGACCAACGGCGCAGCGCAGGAGGACAUCCCGUACGGGGAGGCUCCCGUGUCGACGUUCCAGCGUGCCAUCCGCGGUGACGAAACGCGGCUGGUGGACCACAUCGCGAAGGAGAUGAACGAGCUCAACCUGCUGCGCUGCCAGCACGUGCCGCGCGAAACCGCCGGCGCCGACUGGCGCGUCCUCAAAACCCUACCCACCGAAGUUCGCAUGGUGACGCUGAGCAACGGGCAGGUGGAGGACCUGGUGCCGUGGUGUUUGCCCAACACGGCGGAGCGGCACAACGAGUGGAAGGGCCUCUUCGGACGGCUGGACUGGAACGGCAACUUCCCGACGUCCGUCACCGACCCGCAGCCCAUGGGCAAAGUGGGCAUGUGCUUCCACCCCUACCAGGACCGCAUCGUCACAGUGCGCGAGUGCGCGCGCUCCCAGGGUUUCCCGGAUCGGUACCGGUUUAGCGGAACGAUCCAGGCCAAGCAUCGGCAGAUUGGGAACGCUGUGCCGCCUCCCCUGGCCAAGGCACUGGGCAAGAAGCUCAAGGAGGCCGUCGAGAAGGCAAACGGAUACUGAAGAUUAUUCUCAUGACGUGCAGCCGAGACUGCUAUCGAGUUGUUCCAACGUCUCAAACGAGUUGUACUUAGCUAGACGCGGCCUGUUGAGGACACCGAUUGUAACUCGUUAUCAGCCUUAUCCAACGUGUUAUUAGGUGACCGCUUGCCAUCGCAUAGACAAAGCUACUGGAGCAGUGGGUCGACCACUACUAAAUGCAGGCUUGCCUCAUUGAUUUGCUGAGCAAAGUCACAAUUGGAAGACAGAAUCACAUUGUUCGUUUGUGCGCGUUUAAUAUUGCGGGUACAGUGACUCAACGUGACCAAGCC